CAUGUAUAUAAGUAUAGACUGCGAACCCCUUCUUGUUUCUGAACUAUCUAUAGGCUCUCCCUAAUAACUUAACCACAAAAUUAGGUAUUAAUUAUGGAGCCGACAUUAGAUCAAGAACUGAUACCAGGAGAUGAAUCGUAUGCAAGCAUUAUCGAUUUGCCAUCUAACGAAGUGGAGAAGAUACUGGAACGAAGAAGAUUAUCUUUCCGAAUGUGGGUUUAUCUCUUUGCUUGGGAAUCAAAGAUCCUUUGGACUCUUUCUGGUUCGACAAUACCUGUCUUCCUCUGCAAUUUCAUGCUCAGUUUUGUAUCCAUACUGGUCGCUGGCCAUCUGGGUGCCACCGAGCUUGCUGGUGCGUCUGUUGCCACGAUUGGAAUUCAGGGUUUAACUUAUGGAAUUCUGCUGGGUAUGUCUUGUGCUGUGCUAACCACAUGUGGUCAAGCCUAUGGGGCAAAACAGUACGCAGCCUUAGGCAUCAUUUGCCAGAGAGCACUUAUACUGGAACUGGCAGCUGCUGUCCUCCUCACAUUCCUCUACAUAUGGUCGGGCGAUUUCCUUAGAGCUAUUGGGCAAUCGAAGCCCAUCGCCGAGCAAGGCCAAAUAUUUUCCCACGGUUUGAUCCUUCAGUUAUAUGCACUUGCCAUAUGCUUCCCACUGCAGAGAUUUCUUCAGGCGCAGAACAUUGUGAACCCUAUAGCAUACCUGUCGGUUGCGGUAUUCUUGAUUCAUAUUCUUCUUUCAUGGCUAGUUGUCUAUGUCUUGGAGUUUGGGCUUCUUGGGGUAUCCAUUGUAUUAGGUAUCUCUUGGUGGCUUCUUGUCAUCUCACUCGCACUUUACAUUCUUCUAAGCCCUAACUGCAAGGAAACCUGGACUGGUUUUUCUUUAAAUGCUUUCAGAAACAUGUUGCCGUUUUUUAAAUUUGCUGCUGCCUCGGGUGCCAUGCUCUGUUUGGAGCUGUGGUACAACCAAGGGAUUAUACUUCUAUCUGGGCUUCUACCAAACCCAACAGUUUCACUGGACUCUAUGUCUAUUGGCAUGAAUUACUGGAACUGGGACUUGACAUUCUUACUGGGCCUCUCCAUAUCUGUCAGUAUCCGAGUAGGUAAUGAGUUAGGGGCUGGAAAUCCGAAAGUAACAAAAUUUGCAGUGAUAGUGGUGAAUGUCACCAGCAUCAUUAUCAGUAUAAUUUUCACUGUUAUUGUGUUGAGCUGUCGGGUCGGAUUAAGUAAACUCUUCACAAGUGAUCCUGAGGUUAUUGCAGCAGUUCUCAAGCUAAUUCCAUUGCUUGCCGUCUCUGUUUUACUCAAUGGUAUUCAGCCUAUUCUUUCAGGUGUGGCUGUUGGCAGUGGAUGGCAAGAUACUGUAGCUUAUGUUAACAUAGUGGCAUAUUAUGGUAUUGGUCUUCCCAUUGGAUGUGCUCUUGGCUUCAAAACCAAAUUAGGAGUAUCAGGCAUCUGGAUUGGGCUUAUCAUUGGAGUUUUCUGUCAGACUGCAGUUAUACUUUUUAUUGCUGCAAGAACAAAUUGGGAAGCUGAGGUUGAAAAAGCUGCUGAGCGAUUGAAGGUGUCUGGGAAAGAGGCAAUGGAACUAGUGGGCAAUAUUGAGGGGGGUCAUUAGGUUUUCUGUUUUCUCACAUUUUAUUUUAUUUUUUCUCAUUUUCUGGGAAAAUAUCACUUUUUGUUUGGAAGGUGAGAUUGGAAUUCAAGAAUCUGAUUAAUCUUUUUUCAAAAUCAAUAGCAAAUCAUGUAAUUGCUCAUACAAGAGAUUCAAGUUCAGUAAGACAGAGAAAAGUAGCUCCUUUUUUGCGAAUACAAUUACCAAAGAAAAAUUAUAAAAAGCAUAUUGACAUUUCAAUAGGUCUA